UACUAUUUAGUAAUCAUAUAAAAGCCCUAAUAUCCUUAGUUUAAUUUAAAUCAAAUACUAAAAUAGUUAAUUUAUUUAAAGUUUGUAAUUAUAAGAUAUGUUUUACAGUCUAUUUAAUCCACCUUCCUUAUUAAUUGAAUCUAAUUCUGAGGAUAAUAUAAUAUAUUGUACUCAAGACAAAAUGAAAUUUUAAAAUAUAUUUAAUUUAAUUAUUAAAAAUAUAUUUUUGAUUAUAAUUGAUCCGAUUUACAUAAAUACAUCCAACUAGAUAGACAUUUUAUAAAUGUAUAAUAUUAAUUUAGAGGUUUAAAAAUAAUUUUUAAUAUAAUAUAUCGAUAACGUGUAUUUAUAGAACAUAAAACUUAGGGCAGAUGAAAAUAACUAGAGUUAAAACUAAAUUAUUAUAAUGAAUUGCAAUUAAGUUUUUAUAGAAAAUAUUUUAAUUGAAAACAUUUCUGGGAUAAGUUUUGCUUUUAACUUGUAAAAUAAUUAACAAAUAAUAAUAAAUAAUGUUUAGAUCUUUAAUUCAUCUUUUAGCGAUGUGUUUUUAAUAAACAAUACUACUUCAAUUUUAAUAUCUAAUAUUAAAAUAAAAUAAGCAUCAUAAAUAUCACUGUUUUAAAUAACGCUCGUAAACAAUGUAACUCUUUCAAAUAUUUUAAUAAAUAAUGUUAUUAACUCUUAAAUACUAAAUAUCCAAGGUUCAAUUUAUUCAUCUGUAUAAAAUAUUUUUAUAGAUUACAGCUCUUAAUUAUAAUUAUUUACUAUAAAGUCAUUUUAAAUUGAUGAAAUGUAAUAGCUUAGUAAUGAACUUUAUUUAAAAAAUAUUAAAAUUAGUUAAUCAAAUGAUAUUUAAUCAUAUUUAUAAGUAAGAUUUUCAUUUAUAGAAAAUUUAUAAAUUGGCAAUAUAUUGGUUAAAAAUAGCUUAUUUUCUAUAACUGCAUCAAUAGUAUCUAUCAAGAAAUUAAAUCUAGAAAACAUAUAAGUUGAAAUCGAUGAUGAAGAUUUAACAUUAUUUUUAGUAAAUGAUUUUAUGGAUAUAAUAGUUAAUUAAAUAUAUUCUUUCAACAAUGAAGUUUCUAUUUUAACUAUAAGUUAAUAGUAAGAUUAAGGAUUAGCUAAAAUGUAUUCUUGCAAGUUUUUAAAUUCAAACAUAAAAAAAAGUAUUUCACUAAUAUAAUUUAUUGAUUUAGGGAAUUUGGAUAUAAAAGAUAUUGAAGUUGAAAAUAUAGAAGUUAAAAGCAAUCAAUAUUCAUCGAUAAUUAUUUUAAAGCAAUGCAAUUUAACUUCUAUUUCUAAUAGUACUUUUAAAAAUAACAUUAACUAGAAUGGAAUAGGAGGAUCUAUUUAUGCAAUAGAUAACUCUAACAUAUAAAUUAAUAGCUGUAUUUUUAUUUAGAACUAAUGCUUAAAGUAAAACGGAGGAGCUCUCUUUAUUAGCAAUAAAUUGAAUAUUUGCUAAUUAACAAUAACUUCAAGUAAAUUUAUUUCAAAUUAUGCAGUAUUUUCAACCGGAGGAGCCAUAAAUCUUAUAAAUUCAAAUUUAAUAAUGAAAGAAACUUUGAUUUAGUAAAAUGAGGCUGCUAUAGGAGGAGGUAUUUAUUAUGAAUAAAUAAUACCAGAUAUUAUUUUUGAUUUUUAAAAUAAAAAUGAAAAUAAUAACUAAAUAAACAAAAAUUAUGCUAAAUUUUAUGGAAAAAACAUUGGAUCAACAUUAAGGAAAAUUUUGUUAGAUUAAAAAUAUAUUACAAUAUCAAAUCAUAGCAGUAUGUAUUUCGAUAAGUAAUAAUUAUUCAUCAAAUAAUUUAAAAGUGGAAAUUAUAUUUAAUUUAAUAAAAUAUAACUUCACGAUGAAGAAGAUAAUCCUUUAACUAAUGCAUAUGUAUCCUAGGAAUAAUUUAUAAAUUAUAGUUCUAACGUUUAAACAAUAAUUUAAUAAACUAGUAUUUAAAUAUAGUGUAACUAGUCAAUAAAAUAAAUUUAAUGUAAUGGAGAACUUUCAUCUAAAUAAUUUGUAAAUGGUGGAUUUAAAUUAAAUAUUUAAGUUAUGUAAGAGCCAUUGGCUAAAAUGGUUAUGUAACUUCAAUCAAAUGUGUUUCCAUAGUUAUUAGACUCAAAAGGGAAAAUUUAUUUGAGCUAGUAAGCUCUAUAAAUUAAUAUAAACAUUGAUUUUGAUACUUGCUCAGUUGGUGAAAUUUAAAAGUAAUAAGGAGAUUCAAUUAUUUGUGAAUAAUGCCCUGAAGGAAAAUAUUCUCUAAAUCUUUAAGAUUAAUCUUGCCAAUAAUGUCCUGAAUCAGCAAUUUAAUGCUAAAAUUCUAUAAUAAAAUUAAAGAAUGGUUAUUGGAGAUUGAAUGACUUAUCAGAUGAAAUCAUUUAUUGCAGUUUUAAUCCCGAUUCUUGUUAACCAGAAUCCCAAUUAUCUAAAUUUAACUGCGUUUAGGGUAAUAUUGGACCUCUUUGCUAAUCUUGUGAUAGCUAUGGAGAGGUUUGGGGAAAUAAAUAUUCUUAAGUUUUAAGUCCAGGAAAAUGUUAUAAGUGUGAUGAAAAUUUUUAAAUGAUUAUUAUUUAUAAUUUAUUAAUUUUUUUAUUUGUGGCAAGCUAUGUAUUUACUAUCCUAAAAAAGGUCUUAGUAAAACUUUAAGUUAAACUAUCAGCAUUCUUUUUAAAUAAAGCAGAUAUACUCUUUUUGGGCUCUACGAUUUAUUAAUCUGAUAAACCUCAAAUUAUAUCAAAGAUACUUACAGAUCAUCUUUAAAUUAUAUCUUUGAUAUGCUAAUUUUAAUUUAAUUUGCCAAAUUUUUAUAGCUUUCCUUUUUAAGUGUCUGGUAGUUCUAUGAGCAUCACAAGCAAAUCUUUAAACUGCUUUUUUUCAAAUCACCCAGAGAUGUAACCUAUGUGGUUUUUUUAGUCAAUCAGCUCCUUUAUGCUACCAAUUUUUAUUUUCUUUACAUAUCUAACAAUAGGUCUAAUAAUAUAUAAAAGAAAAAGAAAGAAUAACAUAAUAGUUAACCAUAUAAAAACUACUGCAAUUUUUUUAUAUUUUUACUUUUUUCCAAUGGUAAUAAUACAUUUAAGUAGAUCAUUGAAUUGUAUUUAAAUAGGAAAAUAUAAAUAUCUCGAUUUGGAUUUGAAUGUUAAAUGUCUUGAUGCUUAAAAACACUAACCAUACAUUUUAUACUUCAGUAUACCGUUGCUAGUUCUAUGGGCUAUACUUAUACCUAUGUUCCUAUUUUUAAAAGUUAGAAAGGGUAAAAAAUAAAAGUGGUCUAUUUUCCAAGAAAUUAAAUAUUCCUUUAUAUUUGCAGGUUAUUAGGAAAGGUUUUACUUCUGGGAGUUUGGUAAGUUAGUAUUUAAGUCUAUUCUUAUUAUAACAUCAAUAUUGUUACAAUAAAGUGAAUUUUUAUAGGUCUGCUCUCUUAAUGUUUUAUUUUUGAUAUAAUCUUACAUUAUAUUUAGGUCUAAGCCCUAUAUUAAUUAAUACUUUAAUAAUUUACUAUAAAAACAAUCUCUGAUUUCUACUAUAUCUUUAAAUCUAUCUUCUAUAUAAUCUAACUAUUUUAGUUAGGAUUAAUAUGGUUAAAAUAUAGUCUUUACACUAAUUUUGAUAAUCCUAAACUUAUCAUUUGUUAUGUAAUUAAUUCUGGGUAUUAUACAAAUUACAAUUUCAAACGAAAAGGCAAAUAGAAAUUUCAUUUAAGAAGCUAUCUAUAAAAUUAAAAUGAAAUAUCCAUGGCUAUUUGAAAAUAUCUCUAUUUAGAGCAGUAACAGAAUUAAAUCAUUGAUCAAGUUAAAAAGCGUGAAAAAUAAAAUAAAAAAUCUAUUAACAUAUUUUAAGAAUCAUAAUUUUUAUCACUAAGAAUCUUUUUAAACACAUUUUAACUUAUAGACCCCUUAAGCAUAGAAUUCAGAAAGAUAAUAAUCAAAUAGAUUUGUUCUUUUAAAAUCUAAUUAAUUAAGUCAAAAUGAUUCUAUUUUUAAAAAGAAAAAUUCUUUUAAAAAUAUGAGAGAUAAAUGGGCAUACUACACUAGAGAGACCAAAUAAAGUCCCUUAAACUAAAAUAAGAUAAAUAAAUAGCAUACUAACUAUUUUGACACUUAAGAAAACGAUAAAAUACUAAUGAAUAGUGUAAGAAGUAGUAAUAAUCAAAUGUUUAGUGAUCUAGCAGAUAAAAGUUUAUGAUUAUGCGAAUUAAUUUUUAAGUAAUAUCUAAGCAUUAGCUAUAUAAUUUAUAUUUUAUAUUGUUUUUUAAAUAAAAUUUAUUAUGAAUUCCAA